CGAACUGGUCCAGACCAGAAGAAGUGACAGAGUAAUAUUUGUUGUUAAGGAAAUCCUUGCAAAAUGAAAUUGUGGAUGAGAAUCGUCUUCAUUUUUAUCGGCUUUUUCGAAUCUCUGACCAUAACGGGCAUCAUAUUUGGAUGGCCCGCCUUACUCCACGUAUUUCAAAUUGAGGGGAUUUACUCACAUUUGUGCCUAGAAGAAGAUGCACAAAAUGGGAAUGGAACGGCACAAAUUGCGGCCAACACAUCCGUCACGACUGUUAUUCGAUGUGCAAAACAAGACAAUAUGUACGGCCUAUUGUACACAGUGAUGAUUGGCCUGUACGGAAUACCCUCAGCACUCAUCGGCUUCUCACUGGACUCUCUGGGGCUCAGAUUCACGCGAAUUUGUGGCAGCACAAUGAUGAUGGCUGGCUAUGCAUUCGUCGCUUAUGCCACGCAAGACACACCUUGGACGGUUUGGCCGGGAAUGUUGGCCAUAUCUCUUGGAUCCAACGCACUCCGAUUGUGCAGUCUUCAGUGCGGUAAUGCCUGGCCGGAGAAGCGGGCGACCAUCAUGUUUUGCUAUACAUCCGCCCACGCUGCGUCUACCCUUGUCUUUCUAAUGUUCCAGUACGCCAACGCUGCAGGAGUUUCGUUAUACUACACGGGUAUCUUUAUGACUGCCUUCUCCGGCCUCUCCUUCUUCGCAUCAUUCAUCCUGCCGAAAAUAAAAGUGGAAGAGAAUAAGGCUUCUCCACCAAAGGAUGACCCCGUGAAGGAUAUCGAUCUCCAAAUCUUACCUGUAUCCGAUACGGACAAGCAGGUUAAUUCCGAACCCGAGAAGCCGAAGGUUAUCCCGUUGUCCGAAUCUGUGAAAACGAUGUCAUUCGCAUUUCAUAACAUUUGGCUACUCAACAUUUACAUGACUCGGUUCUACAUUACCAGCUUCAACACGUGGGCUUGGAAAACUACCAGCGAUCCGAAUCAAAUCGCCUUUUACAACUCGUUUACUGGACUUUGCCUACUAAUCUCACCUUUCAUCUCGCCGGUCGGAGGAAUUAUUACGGAUUACUUGUUAAACAAGGCGAGUAAAAAGAGUGAUCCCGUGGAAAGAUUAGCUAGUACUUUUCAAGCGCCCAUAUUUAUUCUGACAACGACCACGUUUCUUAUGUUUGCUGUCUACGUGUGCAAGGUGUCAUACUCUUCGAACGCUGUUUACGCCUCGAUUGUCCUCAUUUCCAUCGUGCGACCGGUUUCUGUCGCAAGUUUGUAUUCAUAUGUUCGGAUAAGAUUUUACCCGGAGCAUUUUAAUCGUCUAACAGGGAUUGCAUUUACCAUCAUAUCCAUAGUCAGUCUCCUCCUGUAUCCGCAGUACUUGUGGCUAUUUUACGCGGACGAGUCAUACGCAUGGGCCAGCUACACAUUCUGCUUCCUCAUUCUCCUCACAUUCAGCAGUCCGGGCCAUUUAUUAAUUUCACGAUUUCCAAGACGAUUUGCGGCUCAAGAAAUUAAAAACAGAAAAUAAAAUAUAUAUGUGUCAUUUCUUGCAAGCACCAAUCUAAAUUCGCCAAUCAUAAAUAAAAUGCUGAACAAUAGCUCUAUAAAUCGUAAA